AAAUCAUUUUCAGAAUUAGAUUGGGAAACUAAAAUUAGUGGGAUUAAUUGUUUAUACAAUGCAGUGCACGAUGGUAAAUUAAUGAUUACGGAUUUUGGCAUAUCUAAAUUAUUAGAGAAUAACUCCAAAUCUAUUUCUG